AUGAGUUCUGAAAGUGCUGCUGAAAGUAUAGCAGCAGCUCCAGCUGCUGCUGCUUCUUCUCCUACCGAUGCACCAAUCAAGAAGGAGAAGACAGCUAAAGAAUUAGAGAAGGAAAGAAAGAAGGCUGAAAAGUUGGCUAAAUUCAAUGCUAAGAAGGCUCAACAAGCUGAAGCUGCAAAGAAUAAACUGUCUGAACCCAAGAAACCCAAGAAGGAAAAGAAGGAAGUUGAAGCCGUCCCUGAAUGGAUUGAUAAAACCACCCCAGGUGACAAGAAGAUUUUGGCUUCUUUGGAAGAUGCUGCUUUUAAGGCAUACAACCCAAAGAAUGUUGAAAGCUCAUGGUAUCAAUGGUGGGAUCAACAAGGAUUCUUUAAGCCUGAAUUAACUGUUGAUGGUAAGAUUAAACCCGAAGGUGUCUUUACCAUUCCUGCCCCACCUCCAAACGUUACUGGUGCUUUACACAUUGGACAUGCUUUAACUGUUUCCAUUCAAGAUGCUUUGAUCAGAUACUACAGAAUGAAGGGCAAGACUACUUUAUGGUUACCUGGUUUUGAUCAUGCCGGUAUUGCUACUCAAUCUGUUGUUGAAAAGCAAGUUUGGGCCCAGGAAAAGAAGACCAGACAUGACUACGGUAGAGAAAAGUUUGUUGAAAAGGUUUGGGAAUGGAAGGAUGAAUAUCAUGACAGAAUCAAGAACCAAUUCAAGAGAUUGGGUGCUUCUUACGAUUGGUCAAGAGAAAAGUUCACUUUAGAUGCUGAUUUAUCUGAAGCUGUUACUGAGGCCUUUGUUAGAAUGCAUGAAGAUGGUACUAUUUAUAGAGCUUCGAGAUUGGUUAACUGGUCUGUGAAAUUAAACACUGCCAUUUCCAAUUUAGAAGUUGACAACAAGAACAUCUCUGGUAGAACCUUAUUGGCCGUUCCUGGUUAUGAUGAGAAGGUUGAAUUUGGUGUUUUGACUUCUUAUUCUUAUGUCGUUGAAGGUUCUGACGAAGUCAUCACCGUGGCUACCACCAGACCAGAAACCUUAUUUGGUGACACUGGUGUUGCUGUGCACCCUGAAGAUCCUAGAUACAAACAUUUGCACGGUAAAUUUGUUCUCCACCCAUUCUUGGACCGUAAGAUUCCAAUUGUUACAGACUCUGAAGCUGUUGAUAUGGAAUUCGGUACCGGUGCCGUCAAGAUUACCCCAGCCCACGAUCAAAAUGAUUACAAUACUGGUAAGAGACAAAACUUGGAGUUCAUCAACAUUUUCACUGACGACGGUUUAUUGAAUGACAACUGUGGACCUGAAUUUGCUGGUAUGAAGAGAUUUGAUGCCAGAGUUAAGGUUAUAGAACAAUUGAAGGCCAAGGGUUUAUAUGUUGAUCAAAAGGACAAUGAAAUGACCAUUCCAACUUGCUCAAGAUCUGGUGAUGUUAUCGAACCAUUAUUGAAGCCUCAAUGGUGGGUUAACCAACAAGAUAUGGCCAAGGUUGCCAUUGAAGCCGUUAAAAAGGGUGAAAUCACCAUCACUCCUUCAACUUCUGAAGCUGAAUAUUUUCACUGGUUAAACAACAUUCAAGAUUGGUGUAUUUCUCGUCAAUUAUGGUGGGGUCACAGAUGUCCAGUUUAUUUCGUUCACAUUGAAGGUGAGGAAAACAGUAAAUUGGAUAAUGAAUUCUGGAUCUCUGGUAGAACUGAAACGGAAGCUCAAGAAAAGGCCAACAAGAAGUUUUCUGGUAAGAAGUUCACUUUGGAACAAGAUGAAGAUGUUUUGGAUACUUGGUUUUCUUCCGGGUUAUGGCCAUUCUCCACUUUAGGAUGGCCAAAUAAGACCAAGGAUUAUGAAAUGUUUGCUCCAAUGUCCAUGUUGGAAACUGGUUGGGAUAUUUUAUUCUUCUGGGUCACUAGAAUGAUCUUAUUGGGGUUGAAAUUAACUGGUCAAGCUCCAUUCAAGGAAGUGUUUUGUCAUUCUUUGGUUAGAGAUGCUCAAGGUAGAAAAAUGUCCAAAUCAUUGGGUAACGUUAUUGAUCCAUUGGAUGUGAUUACUGGUAUUUCUUUAGAAUCUUUGCAUGAAAAGUUAACCACCGGUAAUUUGGAUCCAAGGGAAUUGAAGAAAGCUACUGAUGGUCAAAAGGCUUCUUACCCCAAGGGUAUUCCUGAAUGUGGUACUGAUGCUCUUAGAUUUGCAUUAUGUGCUUAUUCUACUGGUGGUAGAGAUAUCAACUUGGAUAUCUUAAGAGUUGAAGGCUACCGUAAGUUCUGUAACAAGAUUUACCAAGCCACUAAGUUUGUUUUGGGUAGAUUGGGUGACGAUUACACUCCUGAACCUACCAAUAAUAAGACUGGUAAGGAAUCGUUAGUUGAAAAGUGGAUUUUACAUAAACUCACCGUUGCCACUCAAGAAGCUACUACUGCUUUGGAAAAGAGAGAAUUUGGUGAGGCUACUAAUGCUAUUUAUCUGUACUGGUAUGAUUUAUGUGAUGUUUACAUUGAGAACUCCAAGUCUUUGAUUCAAGAUGGUACUCCAGAACAAGUGAAAUCCGCCAAGGAUACCUUGUACACUGCCAUUGAAGGAGCAUUGAAGUUGAUUCAUCCAUUCAUGCCAUUUGUUACUGAAGAAAUGUGGCAAAGAUUACCCAGAAGAGCCAACGAUAAGACCCCAUCUAUUGUUGUUGCAUCAUACCCUGAAUAUAAUGAAACCUUGGAUGAUGUUAAGGCAUUAGAAGCUUAUGAAUUGAUUUUGGAUAUUACCAAAGGUGCCAGAUCAGUUUUGGCUCAAUAUAAUAUCAAUAAGGAUGGAGAAAUUUAUGUUGAAGCUAUUGAUAAGGAAGUAUUUGCCAUUGCCAAAGAACAACAAGAUUCCAUAGUGUCUUUGAUUAAAGGUGUUCAAAAAAUUCAAGUUGUUGAAUCUGCUGGUGAAGUUCCAAGCGGAUGUGCCAUCCAAUCCAUUAGUCCCUUAUGUACUGUUCAUGUUUUGGUUAAGGGACAUGUUGAUUUGGAUGCGGAAAUCACCAAGGUUCAAAAGAAAUUGGAUACCAUUAAUGAUUUGGAAAAGAAAACCAAUAUUUUGGUGAGUAAAUUCAAUGAAAAGACCAAAGAAGAAGCCAAGGAAACAGCUUAUAAGAAGUUAGAGAAGUUUAAGGCUGAGAAGGAAGGUUACGAACAAACCAUUGCCAUCUUACAACAGUUGAAGCUUUAG